CAGGGCGCAUGCAGCGGCAGAGGGGACGCAGGUGGGCAGGCAGAUAGCGCCAUCGCCAAGCUGGGCACUCAGCUAAAGGCACCUAGCAGCUCCAAGGGUAGAGGCGCUGGACAACCAACCCAAAACCGCAACUUCUGCUUGGAAUAGUUGGUUCGGUUGGUGAUGGGCACCCUUCUGAUCCCGGAUCUUGGGGAGCAUUGCUCAAGGGCCGACUGCGGGCAGGUGGACUUUCUACCGUUCAAAUGCGACGGAUGUUCAAAGGUCUUCUGCCUGGAACACCGCCUCUACGGAGCCCACUCCUGUCCGAAAGCCGGUGCCGGCGACGCGUCCGUUCUCUUGUGUCCAAUCUGCGCGAAGGCGGUCCGGAUCAUUCCCGGUGAAGAUUCAAAUGUGACGUGGGACCGGCACGCUUCGAGCGCUGGAUGCGAUCCUGCGAACUACGCGAAGGCGAAACGGAAGCCGCGGUGUCCGGUGGUGGGGUGCAGGGAGCAGCUCACGUUUUCGAACAAGGUGCAAUGCAAGGAGUGCCAACAAGUGGUCUGUCUAAGGCACCGCUUUGGCCCCGAGCACCUCUGCCCCGGAAAGCCCACCGCCGCCAAAACGGCCACCGCAUACGGAAAGAAGUUCCUGCAGAGCUUCAACAACACGUUCGGCACGUCGGCUGCUGCCUCCGCAGCUUCUUCCUCCAAACCCAACUCCUCAAAAUCGGGUUCGAACUCUAAACCGGCUGCAAACCCAAAACGCGUACCGCCAAAACAAGCAGCUGCGAUACCCAGCUCCCCUCAGAAUACGGUUCAGGGUAGUGCUUUCCGGAGGAUGCAAGGAGCCGGGGUCGCUGAACGGAGUAGUAACGGAAGCACGGGGGCCGAAGAAUGUCCGGUUUGCCAUUUCCGGUGUGACAAUGUGAACGAACUUAUUGCUCAUUCGGAAGCGGUACAUAGUCAGUCGGGGCAACCUGCGGGGCCUGACAUUUGUCCGAAGUGCCAGCGGGCGUUUCCGGACCCAGUGACGCUGAUCCGACACGUAGAGACGGAGCACUUUGGUAAUUCGAGGGAACAGUCGAGCAGCUCGGGCUUGGCCGGGUUCUUCAAACGGACGCUCGACUCGUUGAAACAGCUAUGAUCUUGACGCAUUCGUCAGCUACUCGAAGACGUUUCAAUGCAUUGCGACACCAUGCUUCUAGCUGACCGACAGAUCGAGACACAAGCUGUAUAGUAGAUAGUAGGUAGUCGUAUGCAGACCAAACGCCGGUUGAUUUACCAUGUACCAAAUUGAGCUAGCUGGCCAUUCUUUGUAAGGAUACGGUAGCCCCUUGCGUGCAGCUGCGCCAGAUUAUGAAACGCCUUGAGCCCAGACGGCAUAUUGACUGCAGCUAGGCGAGUGCCAUUACUUCGGAAGAUGGAAUACAGGAUUCACAUAUGUGCGAUUCCAAUUAUCGUCGG